AUGGCCAAGGCUGGGCUGCUCCUUCUCAGUUUCGCUCUGCUCGUGGCUCGGGGUUGGGGGUCCACCACUCCUCCCGCAGGGACAAGCGAGCCCCCAGAUGUGCAGACAGUGGCUCCCACGGAGGAUGAGACUCUGCAGAACGAGGCGGACAACCAGGAGAACGUUUUGUCCCAGUUGCUGGGGGACUAUGACAAGGUCAAGGCUGUGUCCGAGGGCUCCAACUGUCAGUGCAAGUGCGUGGUGAGACCGCUGGGUCGGGAUGCCUGUCAGAGGAUCAACGCAGGGGCCUCCAGGAGGGAAGACUUCUACACGGUGGAAACCAUCACCUCGGGCCCAUCCUGCAAAUGUGCUUGUGUCGCGCCCCCUUCUGCCCUCAAUCCCUGUGAGGGCGACUUCCGGCUCCAGAAGCUGCGGGAGGCGGACAGCCGGGACUUGAAGGUCUCUACAAUCAUAGACAUGCUGGAAGGUGCUUUGUAUGGCCUGGAUCUACUGAAGCUACAUUCAGUGACCACCAAACUGGUGGGGCGAGUGGAUAAACUGGAGGAGGAAGUUUCUAAAAACCUCACCAAGGAGAAUGAGCAAAUCAAAGAGGAUGUGGAAGAAAUUCGAACUGAGAUGAAUAAGCGAGGCAAGAACUGCUCCAGUGCCAUUCGAGAGGGCAUGCCAGACAUCCGCUCAGCCCUGCAGAGGGAUGCAGCCGCGGCCUACGCCAACCCAGAGGAACAGUAUGAAGAGCGUUUCCUCCGGGAAGAAACCGUGUCCCAGCAGAUCAGUUCCAUCCAGCUCCUGCAGACGAACCCUCUGGCCCCGCCUGAAGUGGUGACACCACAGCGGCCUUCGCACCGGCAGGUGCACCUGAGGGGCCAUCCAGCCUCCAAGCCCACCGUCAUCCGGGGCAUCACCUACUACAAAGCCAAGGUCCCUGAUGAAGAAAAUGACAUCGAAGAGCCACAUGAUGAGCUGUUCAGUGGUGAAAAUGGAGUGGAUUUGCUGAUUGAAGAUCAGCUCCUGAGACACAAAGACCUGCCCACUAGUGCCACGCGGAAGCCCACAGCCACCUCUCAGGGAACCACCAGGACCACUGACCCAAGUACCCGGGCCAUGCCCUCCUCCCCAGCGCAGCCCCCUGCCUCCCCCUCACCUGCCAGCUUCCCCAGCCCUGCUCUCCCUGCCUCUGCUCAACAGCUCUCUGCAACAUUCCACACCUCCUCUGUGGUCCUUCCAGACCCUCUCCAGGAGACGGGCCUUCAGCCUUCCACGCAGGAACCAGCCACCACCGUGGCCCAUGCGGCCACUGCACCACCCGUGGCUCCAGCUUUGCCAGCAUUGGCUCCUGAGGAUGCUCCAGAGGAAGCCACAUUUACAGCAACGGCUCCUCCCACCACCGUCAGGACAGACUUGCCAGGCAAAGCCCGUGGGACCGUGCCUGACAGCCCCACCCUGAGUCCUGAAGAAGAAGAUGACAUCCGGAAUGUUAUAGGAAGGUGCAAGGACACGCUUUCUACAAUCACAGGGCCCACAACCCAGAACACGUAUGGGCGGAACGAGGGGGCCUGGAUGAAGGACCCCCUGGCCAAGGACGAUCGGAUUUAUGUGACCAACUAUUACUAUGGCAACACCCUGGUGGAGUUCCGGAACCUGGAGAACUUCAAACAAGGUCGCUGGAGCAACUCCUACAAGCUCCCAUACAGCUGGAUCGGCACGGGCCAUGUGGUGUACAACGGGGCCUUCUACUACAAUCGGGCCUUCACCCGCAACAUCAUCAAGUACGACCUGAAGCAGCGUUACGUGGCUGCCUGGGCCAUGCUGCAUGACGUGGCCUAUGAGGAGGCCACCCCCUGGCGGUGGCAGGGCCACUCGGAUGUGGACUUUGCCGUGGAUGAGAAUGGCCUGUGGCUCAUCUACCCAGCCCUGGACGAUGAGGGCUUCAGCCAGGAGGUCAUUGUCCUCAGCAAGCUCAACGCUGUGGACCUAAGCACGCAGAAGGAGACCACAUGGCGCACGGGGCUGCGGCGGAACUUCUACGGCAACUGCUUUGUCAUUUGCGGGGUGCUAUAUGCGGUGGACAGCUAUAACCAGCGCAACGCCAACAUCUCCUAUGCCUUUGACACCCACACCAACACGCAGAUCGUCCCCAGGCUGCUGUUUGAGAAUGAGUAUUCCUACACGACCCAGGUGGACUACAACCCCAAGGACCGUCUGCUCUACGCCUGGGACAAUGGCCACCAGGUCACCUACCACGUCAUCUUCGCCUACUGACACCAUUGUCCCUGGCACCACAACCGCAGAGGGGCCGAUUGCACCUUGGGUGUGCGUGUGUGUGUAUGUGCGUGUGUGAUAUGUCUGUGUGUGAUGGGUCUGUACUGUUUCAAAAUAUAUAUUAUUUUGUAUAAUAUUAACAAAUGUAAAAUGACACUCGGGGUCUAUUUUUUUUUUAAUGUGGGUUGUAGAUCAACCCACGCGUGUAUGUGCUGGUCUCAUCCUCCACAGGUUCUAUUUUUGUGCAGAUGAACUUCUCCUUUUGACCAGGGAUCACCUUUCUUCCGGCCCUCAAGCCCUCCGACUCCCGCAAGGUCACUGUUGGAAAGGUGUCUUCCCCUGGGGUCCUGCAGGUGGACAGCGCCAGGAGGGGGAAUGCAGGGAGCCAGAAAGGAGUACCGCAUGGCGGGGAGGGUGGGGGGAAGUUUCUCUAUUGGAGAAGUUUGAAAAGCCCAGAAAAAAAUCCUCUUUUUUUUUUUUUUAAUAAAGAAAUUUA